GAACACCACGAAGGGAAAACAGAGGGCUCAGUUUUGGGGAAAUUGCAAAGGGCAAAAAGGGGAGGAGAUCGCUUACAACACAGCAUUGCGACACUCGGCGGGGCUGAGGGUGACAACAGCAAGGGUUUCUCUUUUUGGAAAUAUGAGGGUUUUUCCGCUUCUGAUAGUGGGACGGCAAUGAAAGCAGCGCAGGCUAGUGAAUGGCUAUUUUCUUUAUAAGCAACCUCCUGUGAGGCUGAAAUGGCAGUCGCUAGGCUCUGCUGCCUUGCUGGAGCCUUGGGAUGGAAAUCUGCAUGGGGCAGCACAGUCACCUAAUCUCUCUCCUUCUCUUUCUUCUGUUUCCUUCAGAGGCAGCCUGCCGCCCUUCUGGGAGAAGACCCUGCAAGAUGCAAGCCUUCAGAAUCUGGGACAUUAACCAGAAGACCUUCUACCUGAGGAACAACCAACUCAUUGCUGGGUACUUGCAAGGACCAAAUACCAAAUUAGAAGAAAAGAUUGACGUGGUGCCCGUUGACCCUCAUAGUGUGUUCCUGGGGAUCCACGGGGGGAAGCUGUGCCUGUCCUGUGUCAAGUCCGGAGACAACAUGAAGCUCCAGCUGGAGGAGAUUAACAUUGCUGAUCUGAACAAGAACAAAGAACAAGACAAACGCUUUACUUUCAUCCGCUCAGAGAGAGGCCCCACCACCAGCUUUGAGUCAGCCGCCUGCCCAGGCUGGUUCCUCUGCACAGCUCUAGAGGCUGACCAGCCUGUAAGCCUCACCAACAUGCCAGAAGAGCCCCUGACAGUCACCAAGUUCUACUUCCAGCAAGACCAAUAGACCUGCCUAGACCUGCCCUUCCCCACUCCCAGGCCAUCAGUGACGCCGCCAACUGCCUCCUCGCUCUGGCCAUCACCAGGGCUUGCAGAACAACUUUUGCAGGGCGUAUGGCAGAAGGACCUGGAAAAGCCCUGAUGACAGAUCUCUGCCUUCGGUCUGUUGGCUGACCCAUGGCCAACCUCCGGGAUGCUUCCAGAAUGAUCUUUCAAAG